CUCCUUCGGAUCUCUUUCUUACACGGCCGGUAUGGCUGCAAGGAAACACAACAAUACGUCCCGGUAGCAGUUCAGUUUUUACUACAAAUGUACCGACAUCCUCAUCCUUCGCUAACGCUUCGAAUUUUUCAGCUAUUGUACAUUUGCCAAGUAAUUCUAGUUCCAUUUCCAAUCUCUCUAUGGAAUCUCACCUGAAGGACAACUCAAUUCAAGCUUCUCUCCCAACGUCAUCAACGUUACAUCUAGGAAAUCUGACUUCUAUGGUCAACGUAACUGUUUCUUUGACGACAGUUUCUUCCACAACGGUUGGCAAUGUUGAGCAGCCUGAAGCUGAACUUAAAGCUCUCGCAACAACGUUAUCAACUCUGAGCAAUAUCUCAACGGAGAAUGAUUCUUCCUCUUCUAUUGGAAUGUCAAACUCGUCAAUAACAGCAGCAACAACAGCAGCGACAACAGCAGAAACGACAACAGCAGAAACGACAACAGCCGAAACAACAACAGCCGAAACAACAACAGCCGAAACAACAACAGCCGAAACAACAACAGCCGAAACAACAACAGCCGAAACAACAACAGCCGAAACAACAACAGCCGAAACAACAACAGCCGAAACAACAACAGCCGAAACAACAGCAGCCGAAACAACAGCAGCCGAAACAACAACAGCCGAAACAACAGCAGCAACAAGUUCUUCUACAACUAGUUCAUCCCCACUUACCACGUCUAUUGCACAUGGCAUCGGUAGCAAUACGACAAUUGCAGAAGGACAUGAAAGCACGACUGUCAGUACAACAGAAACUUCUGCUGUGAACAAUUCGACUAGCAAGGCACCAGAAAUAACAAUACCUGAUGAAGUUGGCGAUGAAAGUGAAUGA